AUGCAGCAGCGACGUCUACUUCGUUUCCCAGACCUCCAGCUAUCCCCCAAUGAACUACAACAGUACACACUUAUUGAAAUAGAAUGCUUGCUACAAAACUUCGAGAAGUCGUUAACUGAGUUUACGGUGAUGCCACUUCCAAACAAAGCUGUUAUGGACCAAAUCAAACAUAAAGCUAUGGCGAGGCACGACCAGUUUGACAUAGCUGAGGAGGCCAUUAUCCACGAGAAGCUUUUUGACAAACUCAACCAUCAACAACGGGCAGUAUAUGAUGCAGUCAUCAAGUCUGUUUUUCAGAAGGAAGGCAGGUUAUUCUUCCUCUAUGGAGCAGGAGGUACAGGAAAGACAUUCCUAUACCGAGCCAUCAUAGCAGCUUUGCGAUCAAGCAGCAAGAAAGUCAUACCAGUCGCUUCCUCAGCAAUUGCCGCUCUUCUACUGCCUGGUGGUCGCACAGCACACUCCAGGUUUAAUAUUCCACUUAAGCUUUUUGAAGAUACUUAUUGUGAAGUGAAAGCUGGAACAAUCCUCGCCAACUUCCUCAACGAAUCAGACCUCAUCAUCUGGGACGAAGCUCCAAUGGCACAUCGCCACACGUUUGAAGCUGUUGAUCGUACUCUAAGGGACAUUUUAGCAGUCACAGAUAAAACAACGUUGACAGAACCUUUUGGUGGCAAAACAGUACUUCUGGGAGGUGAUUUCCGCCAGAUUUUGCCAGUUAUUCCCCAAGGUACAAGACAAGAUACAGUCAACGCCGCUCUCAAUCGAUCGCACCUCUGGAACAACUGCGAAAUUUUUCUCCUAACGCAAAACAUGCGUGUAAAACCAGAAGAAAAAGCUUUUGCGGACUGGAUUCUUGAGGUCGGUGAUGGCAGAGCAGCAAAGGAACCUCAGAUCCUCGACGACUGUGCCCAACCAGAAGAUCAAAUUCUCAUAGACAAAACUAUCCUUCUGCCUAUAACCUCCACUCCUUUGGAGACUCUAUGUUCUUCUGCCUUUCCAGAUUUUGCAAACGACCACAAGGAUCUGUACAAAAUCAGAGAGACUGCCAUAUUAACACCAAGGAAUGUCACAGUUGAUGAAAUCAACACUUAUUUGGUAUCAAAAGUUCCUGGAGAAGAGAAGGAGUACUUGAGUGCAGACAGCUUUGCGGAGGAAGAGCAACAUUCAGGAGACUUAGAUAUGACAUACCUGGUGGAAUAUCUAAACUCAUUGGAGUUUCCAGGUCUACCGGCGCAUAAACUACGUCUGAAAGUGGGUGUCCCAGUCAUGCUCCUGCAUAAUCUGAACCAAAAAGAAGGCUUAUGUAACGGCACAAGACUAAUAGUGACACACUUGGGGGAAAAGGUUAUUAAGACAGAAAUGCUCACAUCAACCACCAAGAGAGAUCCUAUUCUGCUACCACGGAUCAUAUUGUCACCACCAGAAUCCAACCAUCCAUUCACCUUGAAGCGACGCCAGUUUCCGAUAAGGGUCUGUUAUGCGAUGACAAUAAAUAAAAGUCAAGGACAGACUUUGUCACACGUCUCUCUAUACUUGCCUAAACCAGUCUUCAGCCAUGGUCAGCUAUACGUGGCACUGUCAAGAGUUACAACACCCAAAGGACUCAAAAUUUUAGACUUGAGCAGAGAUGGUGAUGAGAGUAGAACGAUAUCUAACAUAGUCUACAGAGAAGCCUACAACGGACUGCCUCAAUCUACCGGUUCAGACGAUGACGAAACAUCAAAGGAUCAAUGA